AUGUCGUUCGUAAUCGACCAAGUCCGUCGCAUCGACAGUCAGUUCGACGGCAUCACACCCUCCCUCCCUCCUUCAACCUCCGAACCCUCCUCCACCCUCGCCCGAACCACGCGCCUCGAAUCACUGAUCAAGUCCCUCUCCCUCGGUCCCUCGAGAUCGCUGCUCCCCGCGCACCGGAUCCGCAGCAUCCUCUCCGACGCCCAAGUCUCCCAAACCUGCCACACGUGCAAAGUCUACAACGUAAGCUACGAUGUACACACCGAGACAGCGAAACAGCCCGAACCAAGCUACGAGCACGAGCUCGAAUGGCUCCUGCUCAGCAAGGCGACGACGCAGUUGUACGGGCUGGUUCUGCAUACUAUGAUUGAGCAAACCAUUCCGCUGGACGAUGACAUCUGGUACUGGGACGACAUACGCAGCUCGUACCGGUACGCGGGGCUCUACUCUAUACAGACCUCGCCGUUGCGCUUCUGGGCGUGGAGUAAGGACGUGUGGCACGAUUUGCGCCGACGAGGCGGCAGGCUGGAGGACGGCUGGACGAAGUUCUAUGAACUGGCGAGGGACGUUGUCAGGCAGCGGUCGUUGGCCGACAUACAGCGGCGGGUGGUUUCCCCGCUGGCAUUAGUGCGCGAGGAGGCGCUGCGCAAGCGUAAAGGAUUGGAGAAAAUCAAGCUACUCAAUGCGAACGCGCUGGGGUACCUGCUUGGAGAGGGGCUGAGCAACGAAAGUGCGCACGAGGAACAUGCUAUCGGUGCCGCAGAGAAUGCGGACGACGAAACCAGGACGAAGAAUAGGCACAAGUGGAAGGCGACGGUGGUCAAGAGCAUCACGUUGAUGGAAGCGGUUUUCAGAGAGGUUAACAAUCCAGACACUAAGCUGGAUAGCUUUGACGAUGCGGUUACGAAUCUCGUGGUGGAGGACCCGUGGUGGAAGCCCUAUGCGUCGACGGGAUCCGAGGCGAUGACGCUGAAGCCGGAGGUUGUUGCAGCACGCCUAGAGAACGUCAUAUCGAAAUGCCUGCCAAAUUACACGACUAGAACCACCACGCUUGUCCGAAAGGAAUAUGGGAGACCAUCCCGCAUUGUGCGGUACUGGCCAGCGGUCACUGUCGCUUUGAUCUCGUCAAGCACUAUCCUGCGGGUAGCAGUCAAUCGCAAAGAGGACAUUAUCACCUGGAUCCGAGAGCUCGGAGCUACUGUAAUCGACUUUUGGUCUAACUGGGUCGUGGAACCGCUGAAGAAGGUUAUCGGCACCAUCCGGCACGAUGAAAGCGCCGAAGUCUCCAUCCUGAGCAAGCGCAGUCUCGAAGGCGAUCGCGCGAGCUUGGAGCGCAUGGUUGUGGAUUUCGCUAUUCAGCAUCCCCCCGAAGGUCGAAACCUCACGGAAGUUGACAUCGCUGAUAUCCGGUCAAAGGUUAGGGAAGGGGAUUUGACGCCGGUGCUUGUAGCGUAUGAGCGGGAGAUGCAGGCGCCACUGAAGAACGCUGUAACAGGCAAUCUAAUACAGGCGCUGCUUGUGCAGAUUCAGAAGACGAAAGUCGAUAUCGAGGUUGCGAUGAGCGGGAUUGACUCCAUUCUGAAGAGUCAGGAAUUGUUAUUCGGCUUCAUCGGCCUCACUCCCGGCGUUCUCGUCUGCAUCGGCGUGUACCGCUCCAUAAAAAACACCUUUGGCAGUCGCAGGGGCCUGAAGCGGCACGAGAAGCAGGGCCAGCUGAUCCGCAGCCUUAGGAAUAUCGACCGCAUCCUCGCCGCGGCCUCCGUAAACAAGUAUGAAGAGAUCUCGUACAAAGAUCAUGGGUUACUGCUGUGUGAGACGCACAUCUUGCGCUUGUCGGCCAGACAGACGCUGCCGCCGAGGGUGUUUCGCGACUUCGUAGUAGAGCUGAGGGAGCUCGAGGAUGUGAGGGCGGGAUAUGAAAGGAUGAAUAGGACGUUGGAGAGGAUGUGGAGGGCUUAUGCCAGGGUGUGA